CCCUGCUUGUUGUAACUGUUAGUGCGCGCGCUCAUCUGCAUCAUCAACACGGAGUAACCGACUAUUUCUAAGCCUCCUCCUCCUCCUCCUCUUCCUCAGCAGUAUGCUCUCUGCGCUCUUGCUGUUUCUCGCCUGGAGCUGCGGCGUGCUGGCGGUGGUGGCGCGCGCGCCGGACAGCCCUUUUCCCGCAGCUGCUGCGGAGCGGCGCGCGGUGCAGAGGGAGAUCCUCGCGCUGCUCGGACUGCCGCACCGGCCCCGGCCGCCUUCUCCUCUCAAGCGCACCGCCGCGCCGCUCUACAUGCUGGACCUAUACCGCGCUGUGCUCUCGGACGGACCGGAACCGCGCGUGCCUCUCCCGCCUACAGAGCACGAGGAGGAGCGGCUGCUGAGCGACGCGGACAUGGUGAUGAGCUUCGCCAACCUGGUUGUAGAUCCUGAGGAGGACCCCAGUGUGUUUCAUCAGUACCACCGCUUCGACCUCUCUCGCAUUCCAGACGGGGAAACGGUCACUGCUGCAGAGUUCCGUGUUUACAAGGACUUUGUGCACGAGCGAUAUGAAAACGAGACGUUUCACGUCAGUGUGUAUCAGGUGCUGCGGGAACAGGACGGCAGAGACUCAGAUCUCUUUCUGCUGGACUCCAGGGUUGUGUGGGCAGCUGAAGAAGGAUGGCUGGUGUUUGACCUCACUGCCACCAGUAACCACUGGCUACUACAUCCGAGUCAAAACUUGGGCCUGCUGCUCACUCUGGAGAGUCAAGAUGGUGAGCAAGUGAAACCUAGGGCAGCGGGACUGAUAGGCAGCAGAGGGCCUCAGAACAAGCGGCCAUUUGUAGUAGCAUUCUUUAAAGCUACCGGAGUCCAUCUCCGUAGUGUCCGAUCCGCCCCUGGACACAAGCAGAGGACCCAGAACCGCUCCAAAACCCCGAAACAUGCAGCACCUUCCAGUCAGGAGGCUCUGAAACUCGCAGAGGCAGCAGAGAAUGUCAGUGUGGACCCAAAACAGGGCUGCAAAAAACAUGAGCUCUACGUCAGCUUCAGAGACCUGGGGUGGCAGGACUGGAUUAUAGCUCCAGAAGGCUAUGCUGCAUAUUAUUGUGAGGGAGAAUGUGCUUUCCCUUUAAACUCCUACAUGAAUGCCACUAACCAUGCCAUCGUACAGACACUGGUGCAUUUCAUAAACCCAGACUCUGUUCCGAAGCCCUGCUGUGCCCCCACUCAGCUCCACGGCAUCUCCGUGCUCUACUUCGACGACAGCUCUAAUGUCAUCCUGAAGAAGUACCGUAACAUGGUGGUCAGAGCCUGUGGGUGCCACUGACCACACGGUCAACCAGCCAGAGACUGAGGGAAGGAAUGAGGAAGAUAAAAUAAAGGCCAGUUGUGCCUCCAAGGAGCCAUGCAAUUAAUAGGACUCGUUAACUGGAGCAAAUCUGGACCACUGUGCUACCACCACUCGCUCAAAAAACUGUGCCAUACAGAGCUGUUGUGGCAACUGUGCACCCCCAGCCAAGUGGACAAGAGUGGAGAGUGGUCUUAUUAUAUGCUGUACAGGCUGGAAACGGCAUGUUUCAGUCCAGGGCCACAGACAACUAUGAAGAGAUGGGUGUUAAGGACACUUGUUUGUGAUUUCCCAUCCAAGAUAUAUCUGUUAGCUUGCUAACGCCUUUGAACACAGAGCUAAGGAGAUAAGACAAAUGUAUAAAUUUCAUCUUACCUUAAAUGUCAUUGACAAGGGAAGGCAUGUUUAGUGUCUCAAAUUAGCUUCUGAAGUUUUGCACUGGUGCUAUAAGGGCUAGUGUAGCUAACAAAACGACACAAGCUUAUAGCUAACAGCUUAUAGUUAGCAUUGUACAAACUGGAUGCCUAAAUCAUCUCAUAUUUCCCUCAAAUUGCAUCAAAUUGUUGACUAAUCUUAAUUAGAUUUGCUUAUGUGUUUUCUGACACUGUGCGACAUACUGCUAUCUAUAAAAAUGGACAGAUCAAAUUCAGGAUUCAAGAUGGCUGCUAGUUCUGUUUUUAGCUAUGUAUUUAUACUCUUUUCAUUUUUAUUGAUGUAUUGUGUCUGACAGUAUCAGACACCACAUAAAAAGUUGAUUUAAGCUUACUUAACAACAUUGUUUGAGCCAUGGGUUGGGUGAAUUAGAAAUGCACUGUUGGCUAUAAGUGGUUGGCUAUUAGCUUCCAUUAUUGGUUAGCGUUAGCCUCAAAGCUCUAGUGCAAAACUAAAGAAGCAAACUUCAGACACCAAAAAUGUCUUGGCUAAAUUAUUACUUUUGGGGUAAGGGGGAGAAAUAUUAUGUGGAUUUAUUUUAUUUGGCUGAGCUGAGCGGGCAUUCCACUGAUUUUUCAAAAUGUCUCCAUAAUUCAGUCAUGUAA